AUGUAUGGUUUUGGAUAUGAUGAGUUUUAUGAUGAUUAUAAGUUAUUGGGUACCUUUUGUAGAAAAAGUAAGUUCGAUCGAGGUGAGCUCAAAAUAUAUAGUCUAAAGAGUGAUUCUUGGGGAAGUGUUGACGAUUGUCGAUUGAGGAAGUGUAAAAGUCGAGAGGAAGUAUACAUUUCAGGUAUCAUAGUGAAGGGGAAACUUCACUGGCCUAAUGCUAAGGUGAAUGGUUUGAUAAGUGACUAUAAGGAAUGGAACAUCAUAUCGUUUGAUUUGGCUAACGAGAAAUGGGGAGAAGUGGAGCAUCCUUGCUACAAAGAGGGAUAUAUUCAUUUGUAUUUGGGAGUGUUGGGAAGUGAUCUUUCCAUUUUUUGUGAUAAUGCGACCUCUCAUGUAGAUUUUUGGGUUAUGAAGGAGUAUGGGGUUAAACAAUCUUGGACAAAGAUGUUAACCGUCAAUUAUCCUUUUGAUACACCGUGGUGUGAUUUUUAUCUGCCUUGUUUCAUGUCAAACAAAGGUGAAAUUUUUUUCAG